AGCAUCGCAACUCCGCGACUGGAAGGUUCAUACCUUUUGGCGCUCCCCCAACCUCUUCCCCGCCUAAACUCUACUCAUUCAUCCCCAUUGCCACAAAGAAAAAUAAUAAAUUUGCAAAUGGUAUUCACUUCAGUUGCAAACGAUAAUAUACUCUGUUCGGUUGCAAGCGAUAAUGUUCAGUUCAGUUGCAAACGAUAAUAUACAUAAUUUUAAGGUGCUCUUAGCAAAUAAAGUGACUAACAAGGAAAAUAUUUUAUUUUAUUUUGAAGGUUAAAUUGUUUUUUAGAUUUAUAAGUCAUUUUUGUCGAUUUCAUAAAAUGACAUUUAUGAAUCGUUUUUAAAUUAAAAAUGAAUGCAAACGAUAGGUGAUGAAUCUUCGCUGAAGACAUGAAUUCCUUAAAAAGGUGUACAUUUCGGAAAACGAUACUCAAAAUGGCUACUCAGAAACAGUUUUAAAAAGAAAGGGGAUUCAUCAUGAUUCAUGCUGUGACGUGUGGCGUCGUUCUGUGUAUUUUGUGUGUGAAUUUUAGUGGUGCGUCCAGGAACUGGAUGAUGCGUCCGAUGCCGUCGCACGAUCUCCCAGUAUUGGAUUUAAUUGAACCCAAAGACAAACGAUACGAUCCGAAGCCGGAGGAUCUCAAUCCUAAGCCGCUCAGGGAUCGGAUAGGUCGGGAUUUCGACAAGGAGUAUAUGAGCGAGAGCAGACCCCUAGAGAGUAUUCUGCAUCCGAACGGGACAGUCGAAUUCAGCUUCAAGCGUACCAAGAGGGGUAAACUCAUACCCUCCUCUAAGAUGCCCAAAGAAAUCCGACAUCUCCGACUGCACGCGAUGAAGUUGCCGGAUGGGAGUCGAUUUCGCAUGAAAGUCGGAAAGAAGAUGCGACGCAAAUUCAAGCAGAUGCUGUGGGCCUACACUUACUGUCCGGUGGCCUACAGGUGGAAGGAUCUCGGCAUGAGGUUCUGGCCCCGCUGGAUCAAGGAGGGAUCGUGCUUGACCCUAGGAUCCUGCUCCUUCCCCAGUGGCAUGUCCUGUAAGCCCCACCGGUUCGUCAGAAAGACAGUAUUCAGGUGGCACUGUCAAGACUGGGUGAAGAAAAGACACUGUAAGUGGAUACCGGUUAACAUACCCAUCAUCUCGGAGUGCAGUUGCAGUUGUUGAGUGUCGUGUGAAGGAUUCGACAGCUAGAAUCAAAACCAAAUGUUCCAUCAUGGGAUGCCAAAAACGGUUGUCAGCUUAUGCAGAACUUUGUGCAGUUCAUCAUUUCCCGCUAAGUGGCCAUCACUUACAAGUAGUAGUAGUAGUUAUGUAAGAUGCGGUAGUAUUUCAAUGUCAGUCUGGCAUUAUUUAAAAACGGUGUCCUUUUGCUGUCCUCUUCAAGUACAAUACAGAAAGCAACAACUCUCGGUGUGGGAGAAAAACAAUAUGCAUUUUCAACACUAUUUUCUUAGAUUUUUAUGUUAUUUCAAAGAUAAAUGAUUUGCUGUGAUAUUUGCAUCCAACAUUAAGUGAUUAUUUUUACAUCAUAAAUUAUUUAUGUUACAUUUUAUUUUCUUUAAACACCAUUUUGUAAAUAA